AUGACAGCUCCGGCUGAAGAUCAAGAGACAGAUCCUCCGACUUUAACGGAUUCUGUUAAGGAUGACCCAAACAUCGCUAACGCUCGCCUCACUGAAACUGACCCGAGUGGCAUCCGAGAAGAUCGUAUAUUCUUGACUAAUUCAGAAUUGAAAGCAAAUGAGGGCGAUUCAGCCUCUCCUACCCGAGAGCUAGAUCAUUCCCAGGGAUCUACCGAGUCUCCUUCCGAAUUGAUGUUGGAACUGAAAGGUUUGCGAGAAAGACUGCUCUUCCUUGAAGGGAAAGUAGCCGAAUCAUCAGACAAACAUCGUGUUGUAGAAGACGAUGGACAACUACGUAAACAGAUUCGUAGAGCUCGAUACGCCAAAGACUGGGUUUACAAAGCAGAAGCCCUCGCGGAGGAGACCCGAGACGAUCGACGGGGACUCGGAACGAAUGGCCCUUUUUUACAUGGUGUAUUGGAAUCGGGUGCUGAGGGCUACGAGGGUGGUAUUGGUGACGGAGGGGUACAAUUUCAGAGCUAUGACGAAAGGGCUGCUUGGUUUGAAGUUCCCACUGAACCGCAUCGUGGGUUGCGUCCUCCGACCUCACUGCGACCACACUACUCUCGAAAGCUUGGACCUCCCAAUGAAUGGGAUACGUCAGACAGCGACGAAUGGAGUAGCAAUGCAUCAAUAGGUACGCGGGAUUUUGAAUAUUUCCGCGCAAGACUCCGAGGAGAUUUCGAGUGGGAACUUGAUCGUUUGAGUGCCCAGAAAAAAAGAUUCGAGAAGCACAAAAAGAGAAAGCAAGCCGAAACAGAAAAGGAAGCAAAGAAACAAGGGCAGACCGACGGAGCGGAUGGAAAAGAAAAUGACAAAGCUCCCGUUAUCGAACCCGGCCUAAAUUUUGUGGAAUGGGCCGAGUUCAAAGCCUGUGGGAAAACAGUUGCGAAGUCUUCCAGUGUUAUUGACGUACUCGUUGGAGAGCCGCAAAUGUUAGGUGGUUUCUUUCAGCAUUAUCACAGCAAGUCUUUCACAGAAAAGGACAUUUCUCAUCGCGUGAAAUUAGCUGAAGUUCACCAUACGCAGAAAGGUGAAAGUGGAGGUCAAGGCUCUGGACGCGCGAAUUCCUCAGAUGGGAGAGCCAUUCUUCCAGAACGAAUUAGGAUUCACUCGAGAGAGAUCAUCAGAACCCUCAGCAUAGUCCAUGGCUCUGGGAUAACAUCAGAUGACGUAUCCGACGGCUCAAUAGUUAUGCUCCGUCCUUAUCGCAUGUUAACAUACUACGAGAGCGAAAUUCGACAGUGGCAUUCGCGUUUGGAAGAAAGAUUUUCAGAAAUUGAGUCAGGGGCUGAGAAGAAGCUCGUGACUGACACUGAGAGACCACUCAGGGACGCGGAAACAACCGACGAUAACGGAAAUGAGGAUAAAGACUCAGCAAAACCAGAUGCAACUGGAGUCGCAGAUCCGGAGGGCUUCAGUAGUUCCAAGGCCGCUAUGGAACAUUUGGCAUGCUUGCUCAAGUUCAUGGAUGAAUACGUACAGAAAAGAUUGCAAUAUCUACACAGUCCAAGCUGUGACAAGAUAUUCUUUUCUGACAUCUGGCAAUUGUUCAAACCAGGAGACCAGGUUAUGUCUGCUGAUGGGAAGCAGGUUUACCAGGUUUUCAAUGUAACUUCACCACCUCACAUUGGCAAAGACAAAUGGUCCAGGUUUGCAAAGGAGAAGGAUGAGUCUGAUGAAGCACCUCCCAACGAAGACUAUGUCAUCCACUGUGUGUUUGUUCACUUUGAUGGCUAUCAAAUCGGUCCAGUGGUGAAAGACGUUACUAUCUCGAAGUUCGACGGCGAAAAGGCAGUGACGUCUUUGAGCAUCUAUCCUUUGCGAUGCCACGUUCGGUUGAAACUGGAAAGGCAGAUUAUGACACUGAAACCGACUGGUGAUGAAGUUGAUCAGGCUGUAAGAGACGGCGUCACAGAGCUUCGUGAAACUCUUGUCGAAAGAGGCAAACUGUUUACCGAGGUGGCACAUGUCAAGCACAUGUAUUACUCAGGACUAACCGUUGACACUCGGGACGAGGUUCAAAGUCAGGUUAUGAUCGAUUUUGAAGAAGCCUUCCUGGUAGAGAAUAAUAACAAUUGGAGACCGGAAGUCAGGCAUUUAAUCGGCAUGAUUGCAAUGUCUGACUCUACAACUACUGACGCACCAUGCGAAGCACUGUGCUGUUCAAAGGAUACGGUGCACAACGAUAUCUAUGUGGACAACAAACGUCAUCACGAUUUCAUGAAAGAGAUGCUAAGAGGGGUCGAGGAUGGCAUAGAUGACUUGCCGCCAGCCUCUGUAUAUCCUCGCCCAAUGGACACGUCUGACACAGGGGGACGUCCUUUGACGGAAGAUGAGUUGCUCAUUAUGUCGUAUUCUGUUUUUGGAUUCGUACUCCGUGAUCGUUCUUGGGCCAAGUUGGAUCUAGCGCACCUCACACAUGUUACCGACUCCGCCGAAGACGCUCCUACAGUUGAUGAUGAGACUGAAGAUGACAAGACGGCCUUUGGUCAGCUGGUUUUGCCAUCAGGCCAUAAGAAAAUGGUUCUAUCACUCAUAUCUCAACAUUUUCGAAACAAAGAAACGCAGCGAGAAAGGGACAAAGAUGAACAAGUUGACAUUCUACUUGUUCGUGGAUAUGUUUCUAACAGCCGCAUAGGAAAGGGACUCAUCAUUCUCCUUCAUGGCGCCCCAGGAGUAGGAAAGACAACAACCGCCGAGGGUGUUGCCGAGAAGUUCAAGAAGCCUCUAUUCCAGAUAACCUGUGUCCUUUCUCCUAUUGCCCUAAAACCUGAGACCCUACUGAUAACGAUCGCAGGUGACCUAGGAUCGUCCCCUAAGGAAGUGGAAGACGCCUUGCAAACCAACUUCGCCCUCGCGAACAGAUGGGGUUGCAUUCUUCUCCUCGACGAAGCCGAUGUUUUUCUGGCUGAAAGACGAAGGGAUGACUUUAAUCGAAACGGAUUGGUUGCAGAGUAUUACGCAGGUAUCCUAUUUCUCACCACAAAUCGCAUUGGGGACUUUGACGAAGCUUUCGCGUCUAGAAUUCAUAUGAGCCUUCAUUACCCACCUCUCAAGCUCCUUUCGACGUCAAAGAUCUUUGAUCUCAACCUCAAGAUGAUCAAGAAACGAUAUCAGGAAGCUGGCAGGAAGAUAACGAUUGAUGUUGAACAAAUACAAGGCUACGCCGAGGAGUAUUGGGAGCGAAACGUAAAGGCACGACUGAAUGGUCGUCAAAUCAGAAAUGCUUGUCAGACUGCAUUGGCUCUCGCAGAGUUUGAUGCUCAGCCGGAAGGUAGCAAAUAUGAUUUGGCAGUCAAGUCAGAUGCCAAGGUCCACUUGACAGUCAAGCAUAUUCAGACCGUUUCGGAUGCUUACCUUGAGUUCAUCGAGUACCUCAAAGCGGUUCACGGCACCGAUGCAGAAACUCAUGCCAAUGAGGCAGGUCUACGGGCCUUGGAAACAGCAUAUUUGGCGAUGAAAUCAAACGCUGGACAUAGAGGAAUGGGGUCUACUGGUAGAAACUCAGAGGCACCACAGAACCCACUUCAUGACUUCAGAAUUCAAGGCCACUCACAGCAAUCCCAAACGCAGAUACGACCGGACGCAGGUAAAAUGGGGCAGCAACAUCACCAAGGGCCCUCGUAUGACCCAAGGCAGGCUUCGAUGGGAUCAUACAGUACCCCACCGCGGAUGGGUGGUCCUCAGCCAGGCAUGGGUUUUUAUGGACAGGCAGCUAAUGUUGCGAGUCCGGUCUAUCAGCGAACUCCAGAGAAUAUGCAAGCUUCUGAGCAGUACCAUUACUCUGGAGGUCAACAACAUCCCUCACUGUAUCAGCAGAGGUCGUAUUCUCCAUCUCCAUCCGGUUCAAACGCACAGUCUCAGCAUAUGACAGACCCUGCCACCCAUCCAAACAUGCCCUCGACGUACAAUGAACCAUUCAGACAACAGGAUCCGAGGAUAGGAGGUGUGUAG